AGUUGCAGUCAUUGCGUCUUCUCUGAGAAGCCAAAAAAAUAAUGAAGAGGUAAAGCGGAGAAGACGGAGUGUGAAGAAGAAGGAUCAAAGCGAAACGGAAACUUACCCCUCAAGUUAUCUCCCAUCUCUUUCUGUCUCUCUGUCGAAACUCUUGUGGACCUGUGGUCUUUGCCUAUUGAUGCUGUCUUCUUCGGUUUCGCCAUUAAAGCUCUCACGCCGUCUCACAAGGGGAAUCUGUAAGUUGGCCUCACGGAAAAGUUGCAGUAAAUUUCAUCCCUUACCCAUUAAAAUCCUGUCAAUCCUGCAUUCUCUAACCAGACAAACAGGGGUUUGUUUCUCUUUCUUAUGGAGGUGAUGAAGAACACAAGAAAGCAUUUUCUUGUCUCUGUAAUUUCUCUGUUAGCUCUGUUAUACAUUCCACUGAGCACAUUCGCCAUUUUAGACCCUCUUGAUUUCCUGGCUUUGCAAAAUAUUCGUAAAUCUCUGGAUGACAUGCCUGGCUCGAAUUUCUUUUCCUCGUGGGACUUUACCUCCGACCCCUGUAACUUCGCCGGUGUAUACUGUGAAGCUGACAAGGUAAUCUCUUUGAACCUGGGUGAUCCUAGAGCUGGUUCUCCUGGUCUCAGUGGCCGAAUCGACCCUGCAAUCGGGAAGCUCUCUGCUCUCGCGGAGCUCUCCAUUGUUCCUGGCAGAAUCAUGAGUUCUCUUCCACAAACGUUAUCUCAGCUGAAAAACCUUCGAUUCCUCGCCAUAAGCAAGAAUUUCAUUUCAGGCGAGAUACCCACAUCUCUCGCCGAUCUCCGGGGCCUUCAAACCCUUGAUCUUAGCUACAAUCAACUCACCGGCGAGAUUCCUCCGUCCAUCGGAGCAAUCCCUUCACUGUUCAAUGUAAUUCUCUCUCACAACCACCUCACUGGUUCAGUCCCUUCCUUCAAUUCCCAAACCCUAACCCGUCUCGAUCUCAAGCACAACAAUCUCACCGGAGCUAUCUCACCUUCUUCUCUUCCACCGUCGCUUCAGUACCUCUCCCUGUCCAACAACCGGUUGAGUGGACCGGUAGACCGGCUAUUGCCCCGACUCAACCGGUUAAACUACCUCGACCUGGGCUUGAACCGGUUCACUGGCAGCAUUCCGGGCAUUCUAUUCACAUUCCCGAUCACGAACCUUCAGUUGCAGAGAAACUUUUUCGCUGGCCCAGUUAAACCGGUGGAUGAGGUUACAAUCACUGCCGUCGAUCUGAGUUACAACCGAUUUUCCGGCGAGAUAUCGCCAUUGUUGUCGACAGUACAGAACUUGUAUCUGAACAAUAACAGAUUCACAGGGCAGGUUCCUGGCAGCUUCGUUGACCGGUUAUUGGCCGCAGGGAUACAGAUACUAUACCUACAGCAUAACUACCUGACCGGAAUCGAAAUCAAUCCGACAUCGGAGAUUCCUAUGAGCAGCUCUUUGUGUUUGCAGUAUAACUGUAUGGUGCCGCCGGUGCUAACCACCUGCCCUGUCAAGGCUGGUGAGCAGAAGACGCGGCCGACCACUCAGUGUGCCGAGUGGAGGGGAUAAAGUGGGAGUUAGUAUAGAUGGUAAGGGUAAAAGUGGAAUGUAAUUCUUUUUGGUAUAGAUGGUAAGGGUAAAGUGGGAAUGUAAUUCUUUUUUUUUUGGAAGUACAUUGUUUUUAGUUUCUUGGGGCUAAGCUCUGAAUUUUGAUUCAUUUAUUUGUAAUAUUAGUAUUAUUAUAUAGAUUGGGGAUGGGUUAUUAA